CUCGCUCGACCAGCACAUUCGCCUCGAGGGUAUAAAGACUCGCCUGCGCCGGAAGGGAACCCCAUUAUUCCCAGUCGCUUCCGGACAGUCUAACGAGCUGCUCUUGACGAGAGUUCACGACUCCUUCACGAUCCUUCCCGCACACAUUCCACUUUUACGACUUCUCGCCGAGGAUGAAGCGCUUCGCUGUUUUCGCUGCGGUGUCUGCAGCUGUGCCAUACGUCGCCGCCCACGGUUUCGUCAGCCAGGUUAUCAUUGACGGACAGGCAUACGAGGGGAACGUGCCCAACGAUCAUCAGGGGCCCAGUCCGAUCCGCCUUGUCUCCGACAUCAGCCCAGUGAAGGGCGCGACCAACAAGGACCUCUUCUGUGGUCUCAACGCGGCUCUUGCCGAGAUGGUCGUUCCUGCCAAUCCUGGUAGCAAUGUCACCUUCCAGUGGUCCGGCGGCGCUGGUCAGAAGUGGCCGCACAAUACUGGCCCGCUCAUGACCUACAUGGCUUCUUGCGGGAGCACGUCCUGCGACAAAUUCGAUUCGUUGGAUGCGGAAUGGUUCAAGAUUGAUGAGGCGGGGAAGAAGGAUGCCGAUACCUGGAUCCAGCAGGAUAUCAUGAAUGGCGAUUCCUACACGUUGACCCUUCCCGAGAACCUCAGCCCCGGAGGAUACCUCAUCCGUCACGAGAUCAUUGCCCUCCAUUUGGCAGUAACGGAAGGUGGCGCUGAGUUCUACCCCUCUUGCACUCAAGUCCAGGUUGGUGGCAAUGGUAACGGGCAGCCGAACCAGACCGUCAACUUCCCCGGUGCCUACAAGGAUGAUGACCCAGGCAUCUUCGACCCUUCGGUCUUUGACUCUGGAGCGACGUAUGUCUUCCCCGGACCCCCCAUUUCCAAUCUUGCCUCCACCCAGGAAGAGGUCACGCCCGAGGUCUCGAGCGUGCCGUUCCCAUCCGGCACAGCUGUUUCGGCAGGGACUGGGACCGGCAAGACGUCCGGCCCGAGCGCCACCCAAAGCUCGGCACCAUCUGCGUCCGCGACUGGCAGCUCUGGGAAUUCUGGCUCAUCCGGAUCCAGCCCAUCUUCGGGCUCGAACGCACAGUGCAGGCUGAAGAAGCCGAGCGCGAGCAAUAGCUCGGACCUGUUCGUCGUGCGCCCGCGGCAUCUCAGCCGCGUCAUGGCGCGCCUACUCCACCACUCCUCAUAAGCGGAUGCAUCCUCUUUGGUGUUUACUUUGCGUAUUUAUAGGUUUAAACGCGAUACACGUGCAUGGCGGGUCCUGAUGUUACACGGUAUACGAUCGUCACGAUGCUCUAUCUAUAGAUGUACUUGUACUAUCUCACGUUCCUUUGUAGCUCUUAGUUCACUGGGUUGUAAUAUUAUUGCAAGUAGGUUUUGCCGUAGC